GCGUUGGGUGGUUUCUCCAAGGUAGACGGCUCGUGCAGGGGCAGGUGUGAACCCUGGCGGCGGAUUGUUUUAAACACUUGCUGGUGCUCUGAGAGGCCGCCUCAGUGCCCAGUAAGGAUCCUAACAUACUGGCUGAGUGAGCGCAGGACCCCCCCUUGAGCCGUCCGCCGCCGUCGUUCAUCACCGAGACACGCAGCAGCUGCUCUCAGUGGGGAGUUAAGACAUACCCGGACGAGGACAGUGCACAAUAGUAGGUGCUGUGAGACGAAAGUGUCGGGAUUUUUCAGAGAAAGAAUGCUUUCAGCUGGGAGCCAGGAAGCAGUUUUGCAAAGCGGUAGCAUUUCUGCUGGGCGGGUAAGUGUGAGUGCGUUUUGGACACGCAGAGACGAGGAGGGUUCUUGCCAGUCCUGGGCAGCAGCAGGAGCAAAGUCCCGCGAAGCACAGCGCACAAGAAGCACCAGGGGGUCACGGGAGAGAGAGGACAACUAGGUUGAGCUGAAACCGUGGAAGGGCUUCAGUACAGGCCAGGUGACUCUGACUCCGUUCCCCAGGAUGGCGGGCAAGAUACAUAGAGGCAGGGAGUCCAAAGAAGGUCUCUUAGAACUUGAACCUUGCCGCACGUGCUUCUCCGACCCAAGGGGAGGUGCUCAUUGAUUCUGCUACAACUGACGGUGUAUUAGGGUACAGGCUCUCUGCUAGAAUAUGGAGACCCCAAAAUACAGUGGCGUAAGUACAGGACUUUACUUCUGGCUCCCCUAACGCCUCACAGGUGGGCCAGGCACUCAGGUUUUCUCUUUGCUUCACCUGUGCCCCACCCAAAUCCCAGCCUGCCUCAAGGGGCAGGAAGGCGUGAGCAGCAAGCAGCCCCCUUUGAUCAAAAAGUUGCACUUGUCCCUUCUGCCCGCAUCCCAUUGGCCAGGAUUUAGUCACAUGGUCACACCCAGCUGCAAGGGAGGCUGGGAACUGUGGCCACCAGCUGGGUGGCUAUGUGCCCCUGGGCAGUUUCAUAACCCAAAGGAAGAAGUAACGUGUGGAUGACUGAGACAGUUUUUGCCGCAGAAGUGUUUCCACUGUGCUUGGUAGAUGCUUUGAGAAGUUCUUCAAGCUUUUUCCACGUCCAGAGCUUGCUUGUUUCUUUCUUUCUUUAUUUAUGGCCUCUCCCUGCAGCUUGUGGGAUUUCAGUUCCCCCAGUCAGGGAUUGAAUCCAGGCCCUCGGCACUGAGAGUGCGCAGUUCUAUCCAGUGGACUGCCGGAGAAAACCCCAGAGCAUAAUUUAGAGCGGUGCUGUUCAGGGGACUUUCUGUGAUGGUGGAAAUGUUCUGUUUUCUGAAUCGUCCAGGAUGGUCACCACAGCUGCGUGGGGCCAUCGAGCGCUUCACAUGGCUUAUGCAGCUGAAGAAAUGGACUUCUACUUUCAUUUUAGUUAAUUUUAACCAAAUGUGGCUGGCGGUUCCUCCUUUUGGGCAGCACACAUCUGGACCAUGGAAUUGAAAGGGAGUGGUUAGACCGUCUUUGAUAUCACAUUCAAAGAGGCCAGCAUCAUCACCCCAUUUUCUCACCUGCAAACCCAGCUGGGACGGUGCCGGAGCGUGAAGGAGUUUGAGAAGCUGAACCGCAUUGGGGAAGGCACCUACGGCAUUGUGUACAGGGCCCGGGAUACCCAAACGGAUGAGAUUGUUGCCCUGAAGAAAGUGCGGAUGGACAAGGAGAAGGAUGGGGUCCCCAUCAGCAGCCUUCGAGAGAUCACGCUUCUCCUUCGCCUCCGCCAUCCGAACAUCGUGGAGCUGAAGGAGGUGGUUGUGGGGAACCACCUGGAGAGCAUCUUCCUGGUGAUGGGUUACUGUGAGCAGGACCUGGCCAGCCUUCUGGAGAACAUGCCGACACCCUUCUCUGAGGCGCAGGUCAAGUGCAUCGUGCUGCAGGUGCUCCGGGGCCUCCAGUACUUGCACCGGAACUUCAUCAUCCACAGGGAUCUGAAGGUCUCCAACUUGCUCAUGACGGAUAAGGGCUGCGUGAAGACAGCGGAUUUCGGCCUGGCCCGGGCCUAUGGCAUCCCGCUGAAGCCAAUGACCCCCAAGGUGGUCACCCUCUGGUACCGAGCCCCUGAACUGCUGCUGGGGACCACCACGCAGACCACCAGCAUCGACAUGUGGGCCGUGGGCUGCAUCCUGGCCGAGCUGCUGGCCCAUAAGCCCCUUCUGCCCGGCGCUUCCGAGAUCCACCAGGUGGACCUGAUCGUACAGCUGCUGGGGACACCCAGUGAGAACAUCUGGCCGGGCUUCUCCCAGCUGCCACUGGUGAGCCAGUACAGUCUGAGGAAGCAGCCCUACAACAACCUGAAGCACAAGUUCCCGUGGCUCUCGGAGGCCGGCCUGCGCCUGCUGAACCUUCUCUUCAUGUACGACCCCAAGAAAAGGGCGACGGCCGGUGACUGCCUGGAGAGCUCCUACUUCAAGGAGAAGCCCCUGCGUGAGUCUCCCCCACCCCCUGGCCGGCGCUUGGCUGGGGGUCCCUGUCCGGGCCGGGGCCGCUGUUGGGCAGGUGGGCAGUGGGGCCCGAGCAGGCACGGGCUGCUCGUGCCGCAGGAACCGUGUGCAGGGCCAGGAGGGGAGCAGAGGGAGGCGUGGGGGGCCCUCCCCACCCGGCGCUGAGCAGCCCCCUCCCUGCAGCCUGCGAGCCGGAGCUCAUGCCCACUUUCCCCCACCACCGCAACAAGCGUGCUGCCCCGGCCACAUCCUCAGGCGCUGAGAGCCAGAGCCGGCGCUGCAAGCCCUGAGGGCGGGGGCC